AUGGCAGAGGAUGCGCACGCGAUCACAUUUCCACCUAUCUUUUGCAUAGGCGAAAAGGAAGCUGAACAAAAGCCGGCCGUAGGCCGAAGAUAUUGUCGAGAAUCGUCGUGGGGCGGCCAACCCGCUGAACCCGGCAAAACUGUUUUGGCGCCGGACAAAGUCCCAUUCCAGAACCCAAAGGGCUAUGGCUAG